AUGUUUAUUCUAUUUUGCAGUACCUUUUUGUUUGUUUUGUUUUCAGAUCCUUUUGUUUUUAAGAGAAUAAUGGCUUUUAAACACGUUCUGAAACUUUCAAGCAUCAAUGCUUUUAUAGAUGAUAACAAAAUUAUAAAAAGGGGUGAAAAUGCCUUGGAAUCCAGCCAUGUGAAAAAAAUGGAAUUUGACUCUGAUUUGCAGAUUAUUAGAGGGGAAGUAUUUGCUAGUAUGAAAGACAAAAGCUACAAGGUAUCUAUAGUAUUGGAACAGAAUGGUGAUAUUAGAGAAGCCACUUGCAUUUGUCCUAGAGGCAUAAAAUGCCAUCACAUCGCAGCGUUGGCUCUUUUUGGGCAUUAUCAUAUAUCGGUAACAGAUAAAGCAUGUGCAUGGAAUGCACCACCCAAACCAAAGGAUGGGCCAGUGAAAUGUGCAGAAGAGCUUUAUCCACCAAAGCCCUAUACAGCUCUCGAAGGUGGGGUCACUACAGCAUCAAUCAACAGAUUGAAGGAAAGGCUACGCAGCUUCGGAAAUACUGUUGGUUUUACUUGGCUAUUGAAUGAGGAGUCAAUAAAUCCGCUGGAAAAUAGAUUUGCGAUAAUCGAAGAGAUAAUUUCUUCCAAGGAUUUUUUGGAGGCCACAGAUAAAGUGUCUGUGUUCAGACAGAAAUGUGCUGUCGAUGAUCAUUCGAUAAAAGACAUCGCUGCUACCACAACUGGUCAGGUGUCAAAUGAAAAAUGGUUCCUUGUGAGAAAAUUUCGUUUGACUGCUAGCAACUUUGGUGCUAUUAUUGCAGCGUGCCAAAGAAACAGAUUCCCAGUGAGUUUGUUCAAGACGCUCUUAGGUGAGUAA